AGUAAUCUUUAUCUACAAAAAUUCUACACCCAGAUGGGUCACUAUCCGGUGCAUGGGAUCAGUGCGCUGCCAACCAAGAUGCCGUUGGUCCAUAAUAAUAAGCCGGAGCAGAUUGACGAGAUGGUUGCACUCGAGCUGCAGCAUCUGAAGACACACUAUGCUGACGAGGAGCAGCGCUACGUUGACCAAAUGCUACUGGAAAAUCCCGUUGUGGUUGAGAGACGACCGCCGACAACCAGAUCGGAGACGACUUCAGCCGCGGCCACUGCCUCGGCACAGACGUUGACCAACAGCCGAGAUACACAGCGUCAACGUGCCGAAUCCUGCCGCAAGUCCCGCUACAACAACAAGAUUAAGAAGGCCAAACUGCGCUUCCGACACAAGUUCGCCUGCAAUCAGCUGUCGGAGAGCGCCGGAGUGCUAGACUAUAUGCGCGAGGUGAUCGCCCAAGCGGAGUCGCAGCUCCUGGCCCGCGGAUUCAACCGAGCUGCUCUGGAACGUAUGCGCCAGAGCUUUGGCGUGGACCGCUGUGAUUCCGCAUCGAUCGCAUCGAUGGACCACUGAGAACAGCCUCUGGCACGUUGCAUAAUAUCUGUAGUAAUACUACUAAAUUUAAGUUGUACAAAGAUGGAGAGAAUCAGAAAAGACGAUAAGCAUAG